AUGCAGAUGAUUAACCAGUUACGUUUUUGGCAGUUCUAUUGCGCAGUGGACUCGACUUGUCACGACAAUUCGAAGAAAUGCGACGGUAUAGAUGAUUGCUCGGAUGGGUCCGAUGAGAAAGGGUGUCCACCUUCGAAUCGUACCACCACCACCACCAUGCCGCCACUGUCCGAAUCCGGCUGUCAUCCGUCUGAGUUCGCCUGCUACUCGCGCACUGGAGCAUAUUGUAUCAAACUGAUUUUGAAGUGUGACGGUGUGCUUGAUUGCCUGGAUGGCUCCGACGAACUCAACUGCUAUAAUACAAAGAAAAAGCCAGGAGCUGAAGAUGUGACGCCACGGCCCGAUGACAGUUCUCACCUAGUCUCAUGUCCCUAUCCUUCUUGGAUGUGCGAUAACAAUACACGUUGCAUUGACGUAGAACGGCUUUGUGACACACGCAAUGACUGCAAAGAUCAGUCGGAUGAAGGACUCAAAUGCUUGUGUUCAUUCAUUUUCCAGUCCAAGAACUAUGCAUUGAGAACGAUGUGUGCUCACAUAAGUGCUACAACACUCCUCAGGGAUUUCUGUGCACAUGUCCCGAGGGACUCCAUUUGCAGUCCGAUAACCAUACAUGUGCAGACGCCCACCUAUGUGACCAGUGGGGCACAUGUGCCCAGGAAUGCAUAUCCUACGGCAAACAUCAGCACAAAUGUGCUUGUCAUCAUGGUUAUACUUUGCAAAACGACCAUUUCUCAUGUAAAAGCAAUGCUUUGGCCAACAUUGAAGUGGUUGUCCAGACUGGAUUAG